CAACGCCCGUUUUUGCUGGACCACCCCUGGUGUAAAUGGCAGCCCCCUCGCUAGUACGUAGGCAGCCGACCGGAAAGGUUUUCUCCCCCCUAGAGAGUAGUGAUUGUAAAGGGGCGUGAAUGAGGCAAACUGUCCGACUGAGGAAGUAUAAAUGCCGCCUCGGCCCUCAUUCUUCAUGUUGCGUAGUAUGCCACGUUAGUCCCAGGCUCCGGAUCAACGCAAUCGCCACCUCACCAUCCUCGUAAUCUCUAAAAGUUGUUGCCUCGUGUCUCAAAAACUGCGGCCUUUAAUUGCCCAUCGCCCAACACUCCCAUAUUUCCAACCGAACCAUCCUCCACCAAAAAAAUCACCCUCCAAAAUGUUCAGCACCAAACGCCCAGACUCUGUCUCCAGAAGCUUUUCUAAAGGCCACAAGGCCUCCAAGUCUAGCGCAUCUUUUUCUGCUCGAGAUGCUGGUGUUAGCAAAAGACGCCAUGACUCCCGUCAGAAGAGGCCUACUACUGCAUCUAUGAGCAUGACUCAGGAUGAUACCAUCAUGGGAGGACAAAAUGGCAACAUCGUCACUCUCGUCGUCGGAAGCGAACAGAGGCUUUUUGCCGCUCAUGAAGAGGCUCUCUGUGCCAGUCCUUUCUUCUCCAACGCACUUCGAACGUCAUAUGUCGAUCCGAUGGCGAAGAGAAUCGCCUUGCCCGAUGAAGAGCCCGAAAUCUUCAGCUCUGUUCUCGAGUUUCUUUACAAGGGAGACUACUAUCCCCGUCUUGUCCACAACAAGAGACGCAACUCUUGGGAGCUUGAGUCUACCAAUGAUGAAAACCAGGCUGGAGUCGAGAGCACAGUGUUUCAUCGCAACGUCGACGGCGAUAUUCUCAAGGAUACCGUCAUCUACUGUGCUGCUGAGAAGUAUGGGCUCAGCGAACUGAAGAAACUUGCUCUACGUAAGCAAGGGCUUCAAUCUGGUAUCCAGUGCAGCACCAUCUUGGCAUCUGCUAGAUACGCAUAUGCAAACACCCCCGACACGGACUCUAAGCUCCGUGCUCAUUAUCUUGCUCUUAUCAUCCGCUCCAGGAACACCUUCAAGCGCAGCGGCACUAUGCAGCUUGAGAUGUUUAAUGGUGGAACCCCUCUUUUCUUUGACCUCUUCGUUGCACUCUGCAACCACGUUGAUGAUAUCUCCUCCGCUCAAAGCACCCCACGUUCAAACAGACACUUCUCUUAAACAUCUCCCCCAAAAGACCCAUCUUAAAACACCAAAAUCCCCUACUCUGAUCCUCCCACGUGGAGUCGAAUUUCACUUCGUUCAUCGCUGCACCAUGCACGUUCUGAGCGCCGCACGUGGCCGAUUAUCGAUCGGAAGAUCGACGAUCAAGAUCCGGACCUGUGCAGCGAUGCCCUUUUACUUUCCAUGUGCUUUUUUCUUUUGUUACAAUAUCCUGGGUUUUUGGAGUUUAUUUUUGGAUCACGGUUAAUUAUGGCUUUUCUUUGUUUCCUUUUGAGCAACCCAUGUACAAAUACUUGCCCGCAAAAACCUCUGUGAUCAAAGCGCCACUCUGGUCGGUCUUUGGUGUCUGUUGCACCAGGAAAGAUUUCGACAAGUCAUGUC